CACUGCUGCUGGUUGGAAGGAGGGGGAGGCCAUCCAUUUCAUUUACGAGGCCUGUGCGAACUUCACAUAGAGCGAGCGUCCAAUUGGGAUAUUCUUCUUUUUACUUCAGACAAACUGGAUGCUCGCAAUAACAUACAGCAUCUUCAUGGCCUGCCGCUUUAAGUUGUAAAGACAUCUGGUCAACAUAAAGCGAUAGCUUACGCUCUGAUGGUACCAGCUGACCAGUGACACCUGCCUGAGGACACCUCCCCCACCCCCUUUACCAUGUCUGGGAUCCAGGUGCCAUGGUUGCCUGGCACAGAGUGUGUAGCCAAGUACAACUUCCAGUCGACGAAUGAACAAGACCUGCCUUUCUGUAAAGGAGAUGUGUUGACCAUAAUCGGAGUCACCAGGGAUCCCAACUGGUACAAAGCGAAGAACACAGUGGGCAGAGAGGGAACCAUCCCAGCUAACUACGUCCAGAAAAGGGAAGGGGUCAAGUCGGGGGGGAAACUCAGUCUUAUGCCAUGGUUCCAUGGUAAGAUAACGAGGGAGCAGGCAGAGCUCCUCCUCUACCCCCCAGAGACGGGUCUGUUCCUGGCGAGGGAGAGCACCAACUACCCCGGGGACUACACUCUGUGUGUCAGCUGUGACGGGAAGGUGGAGCACUACCGCAUCAUCUACCACAACGGCAAGCUCAGCAUCGACGAGGAGGAGUUCUUCCAGAACCUCAUGCAGCUGGUGGAGCACUACACUAAAGAUGCCGACGGCCUCUGUACCAGACUCAUCAAGCCAAAGCUGAUGGAGGGAACGGUGGCCGCCCAGGAUGAAUUCUCCAGGAGUGGCUGGGCCUUGAACAGAAAGGAACUCAAGCUCAUCCAGACCAUUGGCAAAGGGGAGUUUGGAGAUGUGAUGGUGGGGGACUACAGAGGGACCAAGGUGGCAGUGAAGUGCAUCAAACACGACGCCACGGCCCAGGCCUUCAUCGCCGAGGCCUCCGUCAUGACGCAACUGAGGCACAACAACCUGGUUCAGCUGCUGGGGGUGAUCGUAGAGGAGAGGGGGAGUCUCUACAUCGUCACAGAGUACAUGGCCAAGGGCAGUCUAGUGGACUACCUCCGUUCUCGAGGACGGACCGUGCUGGGAGGAGACUGUUUACUCAAAUUCUCACUUGACGUAUGUGAAGCCAUGGAGUACCUGGAGGCCAAUAACUUUGUGCACAGAGACCUGGCAGCCCGGAACGUGCUGGUGUCUGACGACAACAUCGCCAAGGUCAGCGACUUUGGUCUGACCAAGGAGGCCUCGUCCACACAGGACACUGCCAAACUGCCUGUCAAAUGGACCUCCCCUGAAGCCCUGCGAGAGAAGAGGUUCUCCACUAAGUCAGACGUGUGGAGUUAUGGUAUCCUGCUAUGGGAGAUCUACUCCUUUGGGCGUGUGCCUUACCCCAGAAUUCCCCUGAAGGAGGUGGUGCCGCGGGUGGAGAAGGGUUACAAGAUGGACGCCCCCGACGGUUGCCCGGUGGUGGUUUACGACGUCAUGAAGCAGUGCUGGACCCUGGACGUGGGGCUGCGGCCCUCCUUCCGCAUGCUGAGAGACAAGCUGUCACAUAUCAGAGCCAAGGAGCUCUACCUGUGAGGGGCAAAGAGGGAAGACACAGCAGACUAGAGCGGAGGGAGGGAGCGAGCUUCCGGGCUGGGGAAAACUAACUGAAGCAGGACCGGAACUAAUCUGCCUGCUUCACCUGUAGACCACACCCUACCUGAUACCUGAGCUGUACCUGUUUUCCUCUGGGACUGUAGUAAACCCUCCCCUGUGUUACAUUCCCCUUCUACUCUUCUGAAAGAAAGGAACAGAAGUCCUGUAUGUGUUGUAUAGCUUUCUGUCAGCUGGUUGUUUUCCUCCUCUGUCCAGUCCAUCAGCCUCCCUCUACCCCCUUCCUCCUACUGUUCUCCCAGUCUCUUUACUGUGACGUUGUCACCUCAAACUGUUCUUAUUUUCUUCUCAAAAACGUGAUAAUGGGGAGGCUGGCCUUUUCCUCCACAUGUUUGUCAGGUGCUCUCAAUCUCACUCGGUCUGUCUCUCUGUGCCUUGAUCAUUCCUGUAUCUGUGUUGGUUGGUAGUGUGGCACUGCAUGCUGUCUGUCUCACUCUCCUGUAUGGGGCCUUACUUGGGGCUUUGGCUAUGUGCCAAAGUGCUUUCAGUAUACAGAGCUCCAGACCCCCUCAGCUUCCAGAACUUACUCCUCCACUCGGACUAUUCAGUUUUUAUUCAUUUUUUAAAUAAAUAUUUUUUAAAUAAUUUUUCUGGGGGAGGUUGGUUGUGAAGUUCUCUCCCUCCGGCUCCAGAACAGGUUCUUCUAUGUCUAUUAAAGAGAACAUUUCAGAGGAAAAGAGGCCAGUACAUAAAGAGCCUCCGCUGGGAAGCGCCUAUCUCCUACUCUACACAGGACAGGGAGGGGCACUUCUCAACAUAGUCGAUUCAUCAUAUGUGGGCUUGUUUUAUAUUAAAAUAUAAUUGAAGGAUAAAGAAGCCAAGAAAAGACAGACUGAAGGAUAUAAGAACAUUUUAGUGUAGCGAAUGCUGGGGUUGGGUGUGUGCAUGCCGUGCCAGAGGCCUUGGGUUUAACUGUCAGUGCUUUCAAUGUUUAUUAUGCUACCAUGAUUAUGAAUAAAUCAUUCCAUCUGAA